AUGUUGAAGACAAAGACCUCGUUGUGGAUUUGUUAUGAAGAAUAUCAUCGUAAUGUUUCCACAUUUACGAUUUCUUUCAUCUGUUUUUCAUUCUUUGCUGCUCGUCAUGAUUAUAAAAGAAAUACAGAAAUGAAACAUUCAAGACAACUUUAUGAUUGCAACUCAUGUCAAAUGAUCGUCUUGAAAACUGAAAAUAAUCCUGAUGAGCUAUCAAAAGUUGAAUGUUCUAACAGUUAUCGCUUAAAAGCUUGCUUGAAGAUUCUUCUUAUCGUUGAAUUUAGUUCAUCAUCGAUUUAUUUUAUUUUUGAACUUAAAGGGAAAAUGGAAGGAAAAGAAGGAAAACAAGAGAAACUUUUUUCCAACUAUCGAGAAUUUAAUGAAGCUGAAAAAACUAUAAAUUCUAAUAUGACUCUCGCAUAA